AUGUGCCCUCAGUCAUGGAUUCUGAUGUGCUUUUGCCUGCUGGCCUCUGGAACCAGUGCGGUCUUCCACCAAGUAAACUAUUCAAGAAGCUAUCCCUGUGAUGAGAUAAGGCAGAAUGCCCUGGUGAUUGCAGAAUGCAAUCAUCGUCAACUGCAUGAAGUUCCCCAAACUAUAGGCAAAUAUGUGACAAAAAUAGACUUGUCAGACAAUGCCAUUACACAAAUAACAAAGGAGUCCUUUCAAAAGCUGCAAGAUCUCACAAAAAUCAAUCUGAACCACAAUGCCAGACAACAGCACCCAAAUGAAAAUAAAAAUGGUAUGAAUAUUACAGAAGGGGCAUUCCUCAGCCUAAGAAAUCUAACAGUGUUACUGCUAGAAGACAACCAGUUAUAUACUAUGCCUGCUGGGUUGCCUGAGUCUUUGAAAGAACUUAGCCUAAUUAGAAACAAUAUAUUUCAGGUAACUAAAAACAACACUUUGGGGCUUAAGAACUUGGAAAGACUCUAUUUGAGCUGGAACUGCUAUUUUAAGUGUAAUCAAACCUUUAAGGUAGAAGAUGGGGCAUUUAAAAAUCUUAUAAACUUGAAGAUACUCUCAUUAUCUUUCAAUAACCUUUUCUACGUGCCUCCUAAACUACCAAGCUCUCUAAGGAAACUUUUUCUGAGUAAUGCCAAGAUCAUGACCAUCAGUCAGAACGAUUUCAAAGGACUGGAUCAAUUAACCUUACUAGAUUUGAGUGGGAACUGUCCAAGGUGUUUCAAUGCCCCAUUUCCUUGCAAGGAAUGCAAGCCAAACUCGUCCAUCGACAUACAUCCUCUAGCUUUUCAAAGUCUCACCCAACUUUACUAUCUAAACCUCUCCAGCACUUCCCUCCGGACAAUUCAUCCUUCCUGGUUUGACAAGCUGACAAAUCUGAAGGAACUCCACCUUGAAUUCAACUAUUUAGUUCAAGAAAUCGCCUCGGGAACAUUCUUAACAAAACUACCCCAUUUACAAAUCCUUGAUCUGUCCUUUAAUUUUGAAUAUAAGAAAUAUUUACAAUGUAUUACUAUUUCCCCAAAUUUCUCUAAGCUUCGUUCUCUCAAGAAGUUGCACUUAAAAGGCUAUGUGUUCCGAGAACUUAAAAAGAAACAUUUCAUGCACCUCCAGAAUCUGCCAAACUUAACAACCAUCAACUUGGGCAUUAACUUUAUUGAAAAAAUUGAUUUCAAAGCUUUCCAGGAUUUUCCCAAACUCAAUGUUAUUUACUUAUCAGCAAAUCGCAUAGCACCCAUAAUAGAUAGUACAGACUACUCCUCUUGGCAACAUCAUCUUCGGAAACCUCUCUCAAUAGACUAUGAUGACUUUGAUCCACACGAGAAUUUUUACCAUAGUACCAAACCUUUAAUAAAGCCACAGUGUACUACUUAUGGCAAGGCCUUGGAUUUAAGUUUGAACAAUAUUUUCUUUAUUGGUAAAAGUCAAUUUGAAGGUUUUCAAGACAUUGCCUGCUUGAAUCUGUCCUUCAAUGCCAAUGGUCAAGUGUUCAAUGGCACAGAAUUCUCAUCCAUGCCCCACAUUAAAUAUUUGGAUUUAACUAACAACAGACUAGACUUUGAUGAUAACAACAAGGCUUUCAGUGACCUUCACGAUCUAGAAGUGCUGGACCUGAGCCACAAUGCAAACUAUUUCAGUAUAGCAGGGGUAACACAUAGUCUAGGAUUUAUCCAGAACUUAAUAAAGCUCAGGGUGUUAAACCUGAGCCACAAUGGCAUUUACACUCUCACAAAUGAAAGUGAGCUGAACAGCACAUCCCUGAAUGAAUUGGUUUUCAGUGGAAAUCGCCUUGACCGUUUGUGGAAUGCAAAUGAUGGCAAAUACUGGCACAUUUUUACAAAUCUCCAGAAUCUGACACGCCUGGACUUAUCAGACAAUAACCUUCAGCAAAUCCCAAAUGAAGCAUUUCUCAACUUGCCCCAGAGCCUCCAAGAGUUACAUAUCAAUCGUAACAGAUUACGUUUCUUUAAUUGGACAUUACUCCAGAAUUUUCCUCACCUUCACUUGCUGGACUUAGCAAGAAACGAGCUGUAUUUUCUAACCAACUGCCUAUCUAAGUUUACACAUUCCCUGAAGACACUGUUGCUGAGCCACAAUCAUUUCUCUCACCUACCCUCUGGUUUCCUCUUCGAAGCCAGGAAUCUGGUACACCUGGACCUAAGUUUCAAUACAAUAAAGAUGAUCAAUAAAUCCUCCCUGGAAACGAAGACAAAGACAAACUUGUCUGUUCUGGAGCUACAAGGGAACCAUUUUGACUGCACAUGUGACAUAAGUGAUUUUCGAAGCUGGCUAGAUGAAAAUCUGCAUAUCACAAUUCCUAGAUUGGUAGAUGUCAUUUGUUCCAAUCCUGGGGAUCAAAAAUCAAAGAGUAUCAUGAGCCUAGAUCUCACGACUUGUGUAUCAGAUGCCACUGCAGCUGUCCUGUUCUCCCUCACAUUCCUUACCACCUCCACGGUUAUGUUGGCUGCUCUGGUUCACCAUCUGUUUUACUGGGAUGUUUGGUUUAUCUAUCACAUGUGCUCCGCUAAGUUAAGAGGCUACAGGUCUUCAUCCACAUCCCGAACUUUCUAUGAUGCUUACAUUUCUUAUGACACCAAAGAUGCAUCUGUUACUGACUGGGUAAUCAAUGAACUGCGAUACCACCUUGAAGAGAGCGAAGACAAAAGUGUCCUCCUUUGCUUAGAGGAGAGGGAUUGGGAUCCAGGAUUACCCAUCAUCGAUAACCUCAUGCAGAGCAUAAACCAGAGCAAGAAAACAAUCUUUGUUUUAACCAAGAAAUAUGCCAAGAGCUGGAACUUCAAAACAGCUUUCUACUUGGCCUUGCAGAGGCUAAUGGAUGAGAACAUGGAUGUGAUUAUCUUCAUCCUCCUGGAACCAGUGUUACAGUACUCGCAGUACCUGAGGCUUCGGCAGAGGAUCUGUAAGAGCUCCAUCCUCCAGUGGCCCAACAAUCCCAAAGCGGAAAACUUGUUUUGGCAAAGUCUGAAAAAUGUGGUCUUGACUGAAAAUGAUUCACGGUAUGACAAUUUGUACAUUGAUUCCAUUAGGCAAUACUAA